AUGACAUCAUAUGGCUUGGCUUUCCCUGAUCUUGGUCUUGGCUUGGCUUUUGACUUUGGUGGAUUGAUUCUUGAAUUGGUGGCUCAUCUAAUGGCUCCUCAAUUUUCUGGAGCAUGUUUGUUUUAUACUGUUGCCCCUUCUCUGAUUUUGUUUUCUUUGGUCUCCAAUGUGCUGAAUACAAGCUCAGAUGAUCUGCCUUUAUGGGGUUUUGUUGGUGAGUUGCAUCCUGAUAGGAGUAGUGCUAACAAGCAUGUGCUUUACACACACAAGAAAAUUGUUGUUAGAUACAACAAAGAUCAGAUCAUUCAUGUUAAUCUCACUCAAGAGAGCCCAAAACCAUUGGAAGUGGGUAGGUCAUUGGAUCUGACAUAUUCUGUCCAGUGGGUGACAACUAACAUCACUUUUGCACACCGUUUUGAUGUUUACCUGGACUAUCCCUUCUUUGAGCAUCAGAUUCAUUGGUUCUCUAUUUUCAAUUCAUUCAUGAUGGUUAUCUUCCUCACUGGUCUGGUGUCAAUGAUAUUGAUGCGAACUCUUAGAAAUGACUAUGCCAAAUAUGCUCGAGAAGAUGAUGAUCUGGAAACUCUGGUAACCCUUGUAUUUUUGAAGAGGUCUUAUUAUGUCUAG